AUGACAACCCCCGAGGAUGCUCCCCCGAUCAAACCGCCGCCCUCCUUCUCGCCGGCAUCACCUCUUCCCACCAAGUCCAGGUACGCUGAGCGGCUGCAGAAUACACAGCAAUCGGCACUGACGUCUCUCUCUGAGAGCGCCUUGCCCAACUCCCUGGCCUCCGAGCUACAGUCUGCGCCCUCAUCCCGAGCCAGCUCGCCUGAUCGACGGCUUUCUCGCUCCUCCCAGCGGCUUUCUAGAUCUUCAACCCUCUCACCCGCCAGACAUCAGAUCGAUACUGCAGAUGAUAUACGGUCGACAAUAAUCCGGGCCUUCUCACCGGCUAUCAGCGUUUACGCUUCGCAAGAGACGAACGAACUCGUGCGAAGAAAGGGGCUGAAGGGUGGUUUCUGCGAGCUCCUGCGGCCGUUUGGCGAGAAAAUUACCGGCAAGGUUAUCAUUCGAGACGGAGUGGGAUCUAGCCGGAGCUGGGAUGACUACGGGGUGAGAUUUGUGCACUCAAAUGGUAGCCGGCAGCCCUCGACCGCAGGAGCUGAAGACAUAGACAAGAUACCCCCUUUGACACAGAUUGAAAAGGUCCUGGAAACUCAUCUUGAGCCCUCUAAUCGAGCGGCCAGUGAUAUGAUAUUCGCAGGACAGCCCACUCCCAAGGGCGUGACGUUGUCAUCUCCUUUAUAUAGGCUAUUCUUAAGACGGCUAUUGUCCGCAGACGCUCCUACUCCUCAUGAAACCUUUCUUCACCCUGUGGCAUGUGUUAUAGCUAUUAGUUCUAGUACACCAUCUCCGUUAGAAGCACUACGUCAGCUUUAUGCCAGUACGAGCCAUGGAGAGCAAGGGCCCCGGCCCUGGAUUCACCCAGAAUACCUCCGGUAUUAUGUCCUCGUUCAUGACGAGGAUAGAGACGACAUCACUCAAUCAACAGCCUUAUUCGAUCAGAUGAAACGACAUUUUGGUCUACACUGUCACAUGUUACGGCUUCGAAGUAAUCAAUGCGUUGUGACAGAUGACGACGGUAUGCCAUUUCCAACUUGCGAGUGGCAAAGCUCGCGAGAGGAGUUGAUAGAAGCCAAAGAGCAAGGUAUACAUACUCCCUAUAAUAGUAUACAAUUGACCGUGGCUAAUCUAACACAUUUUUUAUUCACAGAGCCCCUGUUAGACGUGGGCUGGGAAUCCCCUCAUAUAUUCGAGUCCGAUGUUACGGCCAUUAUAUCCUUUAUCCGGGAAUUGGUUGCGCAGUCUGUUAUUCCUCACAUGGAGAACCGUGUGGCCAUGUGGAAUGAACAAGUCGCUUCCAGGAGAAGAGGCUUGAGCGGGCGCUUCAUGUCCAUAUCCAAACGCUGGACCGGCUUUGGUUCGAGUUCAAAGUCCUCUGGCGCUUUUGGAGGAGGUGGUAGUGGAAGCAACUACGACCCUUACCAGGGUUAUUAUAAGCCGGAUUCCCCCGAAGCAUUAUUACGGAAGAUGGCAGAUUAUUCUUUUAUGCUCCGUGACUUUAAACUUGCUUCAUCAACAUAUGACCUUCUAAGAAGCGACUUUGGGAACGAUAAAGCUUGGAGAUACCACGCCGGAGCCCAUGAGAUGUGUGCUAUAAGCAUGCUACUUAACCCCCUUACCUCAGCCAAUAAAUCCAAAAUUGACACCGUUGACCAACUGUUAGAUAUUGCCUGUUACUCAUACCUAACUCGAUGUUCAGAUGGUCAAAAUACCUUACGCACUAUCAUACUUGGAGCAGAGCUCUUGAAAUCCCGCGGCGGCUCUGCAGCUGAAAAUGCCGCUAAGUGGAAUAUGAAAGCCCUCAACAUGAACCUCGUCGGUUCAAUUGGUCGAAUUCUCGUCUCCGAACGGACCUCUGCAUGUUUUGCCGCAAAGGUUGCAACAGAAGGUACCAAAUGGGGAACCCGACGACGGAAGGCCGGUAUGUGGUCACUUCUGGCUGCUGACUAUUGGCUAGCAAUUGGUAAACCUGCCUUUGCAUCUAGCUGCCUUGAGGAAGCCGAGAGGUACUAUGGACCUAUAUUGGAAGAGGGAUUGUUUGCCUUUCCUGAUCUACGAACUUAUGUAGAGGAGCUAAGGCUGUCUGUGAAGAUGGGGUGCCUCGAAGCUCAAGGACUAGAGGGAGAGGAGGAGGAGGUUUCCGAAGAGCAACUUGAUGCUACCGAAGACAUGAAUGAGAUGCCUACUUUCCGACGCCACCGGCGAUCCAUUCUGGGGUCUGUUGGCCCGUUAGAAAAUACCCAGUCAGCCAAGAUUCUAAGAAGGGAGGAUGAGGAGCCUGAAGAUGAUGAAUUUGAAUGA